AUGGAAGGGAAUGAAAAUGGCCAGGCACAAGGCACCGGUGCAGUAGCUGGAGUCUUCCUGGAGAAGACAAAGCAGAAGAUAACAAUAUAUCAGGCCAUGAAGAAACGUCUACUGAAGCCUGGCACAGCGUUGGCCCUGUUGGAGGCCCAGGCUGCCACUGAGGGAAUCAUAGACCUUAUCAACAACCGGAAACUUCCAGUAGAAGAAGCUGUCAAGGAAGGAAUAAUUGGACCUGAGAUGAGAGAAAAACUCCUUGUUGCCGAGAGAGCCAUUGAUGGUUACAUAGAUCCUUACACAAAUGAAAAAAUGUCUGUAUUCCAAGCCAUACAAAAGGAUGUGAUUUCAAAAAAUUAUGGAUCCCGGUUGCUUGAGGCACAGCUAUCCACAAAACGCCUAUUUGACCCUGUUGAAAAAAAACAUGUUUCAGUGUACCUAGCGAUUGAGAAGGGACACUAUGAAAAAGGUUUACUCUCUGACCAGAUGGAAGACCUCAAAGUUUUCUAUGAUCCAAACUCACAAGAAAAUCUUAACUACUCACAUCUGAUAGAGAAAUGCAUAGUGGAUCCUGACACUGGCUUACUGCUGCUCCCAGUUUGCAUCACCUUCAAAGGCCUGCGAAGGGGGGUGUCCUCCACUGAGCUCCUGGCGGCAAACAUCAUUGACAAAGAGACCUAUGACGACUUGCAGAAAGGCAAAACAACCACUCAGGAUGUGAUGCUCAUGGAGACUGUGAAAGAGUACCUGGAAGGUAAAGGAGGUAUCUCUGGUGUAGCUAUGCUCUCGUCCAAUCAGAGAAUGAGUAUCUAUCAAGCCAUGAAGCAGGGCAUUCUUAUGCCUGGAACAGCACUAGUUCUUCUUGAGGCACAGGCUGCCACUGGAUUCAUGAUUGACCCUGUUCAGAACAAGAAAUUCAGUGUGGACGAGGCUAUUAAAAACAAAGUUGUGGGCCCUGACUACCAUGCUAAACUGCUCUCGGCUGAGCGGGCAGUCACAGGAUACAAAGACCCCUACACAGGUGAAACAAUAUCCCUGUUUCAGGCACUGUCAAAGAACCUAAUCGUGAAGGAGCAUGGGAUUCGCUUACUGGAAGCUCAAAUCGCCACAGGAGGAAUAAUUGAUCCCAUCAACAGUCACAGACUUCCUGUGGACGUGGCCUACAAGCGAGGUUUCUUUGAUGAAGACAUGAAUGCAAUACUUGCAGACUCAGGAGACGACACCAAAGGAUUCUUUGAUCCAAACACAAAGGAAAAUCUGACAUACCUUCAGCUGAUGGGACGAUGUGUUAUCGACCCAGCCACUGGACUCUGCCUGCUUCCUCUUAUGGAACAGUCAGGUGGUCGGAAUCAUAAUUUCAUCGACUAUCAAAGCAAACUUAACUUCAAAGAAGUGAGAGUGAGGGUGACUUGUGGGAAGUACAUGGGAAUGAUUGUAUCCCUUUGGGAAUUGCUGAUGUCAGAAUACUUCAACGAACAUCAGAGGCAAGACAUCAUUCGGCAAUACACACAGGGACACCUUACAAUGGAGAUGAUGAUCAGAAGAAUUAUGGAGGUUAUAGAGCAAUCAGUGAAAACAACCAACGUCGUCUUUGAAGGAAUCCGGGAGACUGUCACAGCAAAGCAGCUGGUAGAGGCAGAUAUCAUUAGCGAGAACGUCCUGGAGCAACUCAACAAGGGGAAGAAGACAGUGAAGGAGGUCACAGAGGAUGAAACUGUUCAAAUGUACUUACAAGGGAAAGACAGCAUUGCAGGUGUUUUGCUUCCUGAUUCUCAGAUCAUGACAAUCUACCAGGCCAGACAAAAGGGAAAGCUAAUGCCAGGAACUGCACUGAUUCUACUGGAAGCUCAAGCAGCAACAGGCUUCAUCAUUGACCCUAUUGCCAAUAGAAAGUUUUCAGUGGAUGAGGCAGUGAAGGCAAACAUAGUGGGACCUGACCUUCAUGGAAAGCUGCGUUCAGCAGAGAAAGCAGUGACUGGUUACAAAGAUCCAUACACUGGCAAAACCAUCUCUCUGUUCCAAGCCAUGCAGAAAGACCUCAUCUUACAAGACCACGGAAUUCGUCUGCUGGAGGCACAGAUUGCCACUGGAGGAAUCAUUGACCCUCUUAACAGCCAUCGUAUUCCUGUCCAUGUAGCCUACAAGAGGGGAUAUUUCAAUGAGGAAAUGAAUCAGAUUCUUGAUGAUCCAAGUGAUGACACUAAGGGCUUCUUUGACCCCAACACUCAUGAAAACCUCACUUACCUGAAGCUCUUGGCUAGGUGUGUCACUGAUCCAAGCACAGGCCUUUGUCUUCUGCCACUCAAAGGCAAAAGCAAUAGAGUCAACAUACAAGAUCACAUAAAGGAGACAUUCCAAGCUACAAAUGUCACUGUUAAGUACGGCAGGUUCAGCUGCAAGCAUGUAACACUCUGGGAUCUCAUCAACUCUGAAUAUCUGUGUGAGGACAAAAGGCAGGAAUUAUUCAAACUGUACAAGUUAAGGACGAUCACAAUCAAGGAAAUCAUUGUAAUUAUCCUGGAAAUCAUUGAAAGCAAGGAGAUAAAGUGGCAAGCCGGUCUUAACUUUGAGGGUCUGAGGGGGAAUGUUUCUGUUGUGGACCUUUUGAGGUUGGAAAUUGUGGACGAAAAGACAUACACAAGUCUGAUUGAAGGGAAACUGACCAACAAGGAUAUAAUGAAGAUAGACACAGUUAGAACCUAUCUGAGAGGAAACAGCUGUGUAGCCGGGGUGAUACUCCAACCCUCCAGUCAAAAACUGAGCAUCUAUGAGGCCAAGAAAAAGGGCAUCCUGACUCCUGGUACUGCGCUAUCUCUUCUGGAAGCACAAGCUGCCACAGGCUUUAUCAUUGACCCUCUUCACAACCAGAAACUGACUGUGGAUCAUGCUCUUAAAGAGAAGAUAAUUGGCCCAGAGCUGUACGAAAAGCUCUUAUCAGCAGAGAAGGCAGUAACUGGCUACACAGACCCCUACACUGAUAAAAAGAUCUCACUCUUCCAAGCCAUGAAGAAAGAUCUGAUCCUGCAGCAGCAUGGCAUUCGUUUACUUGAAGCCCAGAUUGCAACAGGUGGCAUCAUUGACCCAUUGAAUUGUCUUCAUUUGCCCCUUGAAGUUGCUUACAGAAAGGGAUACUUUGAUGCAGAGCUUAAUCAAAUCCUGACAGAUCCCAGUGAUGACACCAAGGGAUUUUUUGACCCAAGGACACAAGCAAACUUGACCUACAUGGAAAUGAUGGAGCAAUGCAUAAAGGACCCAGAGACGGGUCUGUUUCUUCUGCCACUGAUGGACAAAACUAAAACACAGGAUGAAACUGAAAAAAUGUACUCAGACGCUGAGAUUAAACAGGAGUUUGAAAAGACAACUGUUAGCAUAUCAGUAGGGCGUUAUUCAGGAAAGACAGUCUCUCUUUGGUAUUUGAUUCACUCUGGAUACUUUACUGAUGAUCAGAGACUCCAGUUCCUUGAAAAAUACAGAACAAAGAAGAUGAACAUACAAGUAAUAAUCACUUUGGUCAUUUCCACCAUUACAAAACUGGAAGAGAACGAAACUCUGAAAACAACAAUAGGUUUGAGAAAGCCUGUCUCUGCAAAACAACUAUUGAAAUCAAGCAUAAUCGAUGCCAAUACCUUCAAGAGUUUGGAGGAAGGAAAAGUAACUCUCGAACAAGUGACCAAACUGGAAUCUGUGAAGCAAUACCUAAGGGGUACAGGAAGUAUUGCUGGCAUCCAGAUUCUUCCAUCCAAAAAAGUAAUGAGCAUUUAUGAGGCAAAGCUGCAAGGUUUGCUAACACCUGGUACUGCACUGAAACUGCUUGAGGCUCAGGCUGCAACAGGGUUUGUCAUCGAUCCAAUCAAGAACAAAUAUUUAUCUGUUGAUGAGGCCGCAAGAGAACGACUAAUUGGACUAGAAAUACAUGAAAAACUACUCUCAGCUGAACGAGCAGUCACUGGAUAUGUAGAUCCAUACACAGAUGACACAAUAUCUUUAUUUGAAGCCAUGAAAAAAGAUCUGAUUGAGAAAGGCCACGGGAUACAUCUGCUAGAAGCACAAAUUGCAACAGGGGGAAUAAUUGACCCAGUCAACAGCUACAGGAUACCUUCUCAUGUCGCCAAGAAAAAUGGCUACCUUGAUGAAGAAACAAGUGAAGUAAUGUCUAAUCCAAAAGAUGACACAAAAGGAUUCUUUGACCCCAGCACCAAGGAAAACCUAACAUACCUUCAGCUAAGAGAGAGGUGUGAAAAGGAUUCUCAGACAGGACUUUUACUCCUACCAUUACAUGUAGAAGCUGGAGGUGACUUUCACACAGAUGAACAAACAGAGCAGGAAUUCAAAGACAAAGUUGUGGUCAUCAAUGCAGGUAAAUUUGAAGACAAACAAGUGUCACUGUGGGAUGUGUUAAUCUCUGAAUAUAUUUCAAAACAGAAGAGAGAGCAGCUCUUGAAACAGUACAAGACAAGAUCAUUGACAAUGAAAGAGAUAAUAGAAAUAGUCAGCAUAAUAAUACAGGAAGUGACGUCAAAACAAAUAAAGUUCAAAGGACUGAGGAAGCAGGUAUCAGCAAGUGAGCUUUAUGAGUCACAAAUCAUCUCAAAGGAACUAUUCACUCAGAUUAUCCAUGGAGAAGUUACUGAAGAGACGGUAGGGGAAAUGGAAUCUAUUCAAAAGUACCUUGGGGCAACAAAUUGCAUUGCAGGAGUAAGAAUUGAAUCCACCAAAAAGACCAUGAGCAUCUAUGAGGCCAAAUCCAAAGGUCUUCUAACUCCUGGAACCUCCCUGGUUCUGCUGGAGGCUCAAGCUGCCACUGGAUUUGUCAUUGACCCAGUGAAGAACAAGAAGCUCUCUGUAGAAGAGGCAGCCGCUCAAGGUGUGGUUGGGAACGAGUGGAAGAACAAACUGCUUUCAGCAGAGAGGGCAGUCACUGGAUACAAAGAUCCCUACACAGGAAACACUAUUUCCUUGUUCCAGGCCUUGAAAAAGGAUCUAAUUGUCAAGGACCAUGGAAUUCGCCUUCUUGAGGCACAGAUUGCAACUGGUGGAAUCAUCGAUCCAGUGUACAGUCAUAGAGUGCCAGUAGAGGUGGCAUACCAGAGAGGAUACUUUGAUGAGGAAAUGAACCAGAUCCUCGAUGACCCUGACGAUGACACCAAGGGCUUUUUUGACCCCAACACACAAGAGAACCUCACCUACCUGCAGCUUGUGGAGAGGUGUGUGACAGACCCAGAUACUGGCCUUAGCUUACUCGUAAUUGUCAAAAAAGGAGAGUUUUACUUCUUCAUUGAUGAGCAAACCAAGAACAUUCUAAAGGCUAUGACAACAACUAAGGCCGGAGGCAAAUUUCAAGGACAGAAAGUGUCUCUAUGGGAUCUCCUCUACUCAAAAUACAUCACAGAGGAGAGAAGGAGAGAGCUUGUGCAGCAGUAUAAAUCUGGAGCAAUCCCUAUUGAACGCUUCAUGGAGAUUAUCCUAGCAAAUAUUCAACAAAAGACUACCACCACAAUAACCACAACAUCUUCAGAGACAACAUGCACACCACCACCUGAGACAGAGUCAGAGAAAACAACCAUUACCACAACAACCACAGAGACAAGCUUCCAUGGUAUCAGGAAGAAUGUCACCGCUGGCGAGCUGCUUGCCUCAAAAAUCAUUGACAAGAAACUCUAUGAAGACCUCAACACAGGAAAAGUCACAGUGAACCAAGUGAGUGAAAUGGACUCAGUACACAAGUACCUGGAGGGAACUAAUAGCAUUGCAGGUGUAUAUGUUCAGUCCACCAAACAGACCAUGAGCAUCUACGAGGCCAAAUCCAAAGGUCUUCUAACUCCUGGAACCUCCCUGGUUCUGCUGGAGGCUCAAGCUGCCACUGGAUUUGUCAUUGACCCAGUGAAGAACAAGAAGCUCUCUGUAGAAGAGGCAGCCGCUCAAGGUGUGGUUGGGAACGAGUGGAAGAACAAACUGCUUUCAGCAGAGAGGGCAGUCACUGGAUACAAAGAUCCCUACACAGGAAACACGAUUUCCUUGUUCCAGGCCUUGAAAAAGGAUCUAAUUGUCAAGGACCAUGGAAUUCGCCUUCUUGAGGCACAGAUUGCAACUGGUGGAAUCAUCGAUCCAGUGUACAGUCAUAGAGUGCCAGUAGAGGUGGCGUACCAGAGAGGAUACUUUGAUGAGGAAAUGAACCAGAUCCUCGAUGACCCUGACGAUGACACCAAGGGCUUUUUUGACCCCAACACACAAGAGAACCUCACCUACCUGCAGCUUGUGGAGAGGUGUGUGACAGACCCAGAUACUGGCCUUAGCUUACUCGUAAUUGUCAAAAAAGGAGAGUUUUACUUCUUCAUUGAUGAGCAAACCAAGAACAUUCUAAAGGCUAUGACAACAACUAAGGCCGGAGGCAAAUUUCAAGGACAGAAAGUGUCUCUAUGGGAUCUCCUCUACUCAAAAUACAUCACAGAGGAGAGAAGGAGAGAGCUUGUGCAGCAGUAUAAAUCUGGAGCAAUCCCUAUUGAACGCUUCAUGGAGAUUAUCCUAGCAAAUAUUCAACAAAAGACUACCACCACAAUAACCACAACAUCUUCAGUGACAACAUGCACACCACCACCUGAGACAAAGUCAGAGAAAACAACCAUUACCACAACAACCACAGAGACAAGCUUCCAUGGUAUCAGGAAGAAUGUCACCGCUGGCGAGCUGCUUGCCUCAAAAAUCAUUGACAAGAAACUCUAUGAAGACCUCAACACAGGAAAAGUCACAGUGAACCAAGUGAGUGAAAUGGACUCAGUACACAAGUACCUGGAGGGAACUAAUAGCAUUGCAGGUGUAUAUGUUCAGUCCACCAAACAGACCAUGAGCAUCUACGAGGCCAAAUCCAAAGGUCUUCUAACUCCUGGAACCUCCCUGGUUCUGCUGGAGGCUCAAGCUGCCACUGGAUUUGUCAUUGACCCAGUGAAGAACAAGAAGCUCUCUGUAGAAGAGGCAGCCGCUCAAGGUGUGGUUGGGAACGAGUGGAAGAACAAACUGCUUUCAGCAGAGAGGGCAGUCACUGGAUACAAAGAUCCCUACACAGGAAACACUAUUUCCUUGUUCCAGGCCUUGAAAAAGGAUCUAAUUGUCAAGGACCAUGGAAUUCGCCUUCUUGAGGCACAGAUUGCAACUGGUGGAAUCAUCGAUCCAGUGUACAGUCAUAGAGUGCCAGUAGAGGUGGCGUACCAGAGAGGAUACUUUGAUGAGGAAAUGAACCAGAUCCUCGAUGACCCUGACGAUGACACCAAGGGCUUUUUUGACCCCAACACACAAGAGAACCUCACCUACCUGCAGCUUGUGGAGAGGUGUGUGACAGACCCAGAUACUGGCCUUAGCUUACUCGUAAUUGUCAAAAAAGGAGAGUUUUACUUCUUCAUUGAUGAGCAAACCAAGAACAUUCUAAAGGCUAUGACAACAACUAAGGCCGGAGGCAAAUUUCAAGGACAGAAAGUGUCUCUAUGGGAUCUCCUCUACUCAAAAUACAUCACAGAGGAGAGAAGGAGAGAGCUUGUGCAGCAGUAUAAAUCUGGAGCAAUCCCUAUUGAACGCUUCAUGGAGAUUAUCCUAGCAAAUAUUCAACAAAAGACUACCACCACAAUAACCACAACAUCUUCAGUGACAACAUGCACACCACCACCUGAGACAAAGUCAGAGAAAACAACCAUUACCACAACAACCACAGAGACAAGCUUCCAUGGUAUCAGGAAGAAUGUCACCGCUGGCGAGCUGCUUGCCUCAAAAAUCAUUGACAAGAAACUCUAUGAAGACCUCAACACAGGAAAAGUCACAGUGAACCAAGUGAGUGAAAUGGACUCAGUACAUAAGUACCUGGAGGGAACUAAUAGCAUUGCAGGUGUAUAUGUUCAGUCCACCAAACAGACCAUGAGCAUCUACGAGGCCAAAUCCAAAGGUCUUCUAACUCCUGGAACCUCCCUGGUUCUGCUGGAGGCUCAAGCUGCCACUGGAUUUGUCAUUGACCCAGUGAAGAACAAGAAGCUCUCUGUAGAAGAGGCAGCCGCUCAAGGUGUGGUUGGGAACGAGUGGAAGAACAAACUGCUUUCAGCAGAGAGGGCAGUCACUGGAUACAAAGAUCCCUACACAGGAAACACUAUUUCCUUGUUCCAGGCCUUGAAAAAGGAUCUAAUUGUCAAGGACCAUGGAAUUCGCCUUCUUGAGGCACAGAUUGCAACUGGUGGAAUCAUCGAUCCAGUGUACAGUCAUAGAGUGCCAGUAGAGGUGGCGUACCAGAGAGGAUACUUUGAUGAGGAAAUGAACCAGAUCCUCGAUGACCCUGACGAUGACACCAAGGGCUUUUUUGACCCCAACACACAAGAGAACCUCACCUACCUGCAGCUUGUGGAGAGGUGUGUGACAGACCCAGAUACUGGCCUUAGCUUACUCGUAAUUGUCAAAAAAGGAGAGUUUUACUUCUUCAUUGAUGAGCAAACCAAGAACAUUCUAAAGGCUAUGACAACAACUAAGGCCGGAGGCAAAUUUCAAGGACAGAAAGUGUCUCUAUGGGAUCUCCUCUACUCAAAAUACAUCACAGAGGAGAGAAGGAGAGAGCUUGUGCAGCAGUAUAAAUCUGGAGCAAUCCCUAUUGAACGCUUCAUGGAGAUUAUCCUAGCAAAUAUUCAACAAAAGACUACCACCACAAUAACCACAACAUCUUCAGUGACAACAUGCACACCACCACCUGAGACAAAGUCAGAGAAAACAACCAUUACCACAACAACCACAGAGACAAGCUUCCAUGGUAUCAGGAAGAAUGUCACCGCUGGCGAGCUGCUUGCCUCAAAAAUCAUUGACAAGAAACUCUAUGAAGACCUCAACACAGGAAAAGUCACAGUGAACCAAGUGAGUGAAAUGGACUCAGUACAUAAGUACCUGGAGGGAACUAAUAGCAUUGCAGGUGUAUAUGUUCAGUCCACCAAACAGACCAUGAGCAUCUACGAGGCCAAAUCCAAAGGUCUUCUAACUCCUGGAACCUCCCUGGUUCUGCUGGAGGCUCAAGCUGCCACUGGAUUUGUCAUUGACCCAGUGAAGAACAAGAAGCUCUCUGUAGAAGAGGCAGCCGCUCAAGGUGUGGUUGGGAACGAGUGGAAGAACAAACUGCUUUCAGCAGAGAGGGCAGUCACUGGAUACAAAGAUCCCUACACAGGAAACACUAUUUCCUUGUUCCAGGCCUUGAAAAAGGAUCUAAUUGUCAAGGACCAUGGAAUUCGCCUUCUUGAGGCACAGAUUGCAACUGGUGGAAUCAUCGAUCCAGUGUACAGUCAUAGAGUGCCAGUAGAGGUGGCGUACCAGAGAGGAUACUUUGAUGAGGAAAUGAACCAGAUCCUCGAUGACCCUGACGAUGACACCAAGGGCUUUUUUGACCCCAACACACAAGAGAACCUCACCUACCUGCAGCUUGUGGAGAGGUGUGUGACAGACCCAGAUACUGGCCUUAGCUUACUCGUAAUUGUCAAAAAAGGAGAGUUUUACUUCUUCAUUGAUGAGCAAACCAAGAACAUUCUAAAGGCUAUGACAACAACUAAGGCCGGAGGCAAAUUUCAAGGACAGGAAGUGUCUCUAUGGGAUCUCCUCUACUCAAAAUACAUCACAGAGGAGAGAAGGAGAGAGCUUGUGCAGCAGUAUAAAUCUGGAGCAAUCCCUAUUGAACGCUUCAUGGAGAUUAUCCUAGCAAAUAUUCAACAAAAGACUACCACCACAAUAACCACAACAUCUUCAGUGACAACAUGCACACCACCACCUGAGACAAAGUCAGAGAAAACAACCAUUACCACAACAACCACAGAGACAAGCUUCCAUGGUAUCAGGAAGAAUGUCACCGCUGGCGAGCUGCUUGCCUCAAAAAUCAUUGACAAGAAACUCUAUGAAGACCUCAACACAGGAAAAGUCACAGUGAACCAAGUGAGUGAAAUGGACUCAGUACACAAGUACCUGGAGGGAACUAAUAGCAUUGCAGGUGUAUAUGUUCAGUCCACCAAACAGACCAUGAGCAUCUACGAGGCCAAAUCCAAAGGUCUUCUAACUCCUGGAACCUCCCUGGUUCUGCUGGAGGCUCAAGCUGCCACUGGAUUUGUCAUUGACCCAGUGAAGAACAAGAAGCUCUCUGUAGAAGAGGCAGCCGCUCAAGGUGUGGUUGGGAACGAGUGGAAGAACAAACUGCUUUCAGCAGAGAGGGCAGUCACUGGAUACAAAGAUCCCUACACAGGAAACACUAUUUCCUUGUUCCAGGCCUUGAAAAAGGAUCUAAUUGUCAAGGACCAUGGAAUUCGCCUUCUUGAGGCACAGAUUGCAACUGGUGGAAUCAUCGAUCCAGUGUACAGUCAUAGAGUGCCAGUAGAGGUGGCGUACCAGAGAGGAUACUUUGAUGAGGAAAUGAACCAGAUCCUCGAUGACCCUGACGAUGACACCAAGGGCUUUUUUGACCCCAACACACAAGAGAACCUCACCUACCUGCAGCUUGUGGAGAGGUGUGUGACAGACCCAGAUACUGGCCUUAGCUUACUCGUAAUUGUCAAAAAAGGAGAGUUUUACUUCUUCAUUGAUGAGCAAACCAAGAACAUUCUAAAGGCUAUGACAACAACUAAGGCCGGAGGCAAAUUUCAAGGACAGAAAGUGUCUCUAUGGGAUCUCCUCUACUCAAAAUACAUCACAGAGGAGAGAAGGAGAGAGCUUGUGCAGCAGUAUAAAUCUGGAGCAAUCCCUAUUGAACGCUUCAUGGAGAUUAUCCUAGCAAAUAUUCAACAAAAGACUACCACCACAAUAACCACAACAUCUUCAGUGACAACAUGCACACCACCACCUGAGACAAAGUCAGAGAAAACAACCAUUACCACAACAACCACAGAGACAAGCUUCCAUGGUAUCAGGAAGGAAGUCACCGCUGGCGAGCUGCUUGCCUCAAAAAUCAUUGACAAGAAACUCUAUGAAGACCUCAACACAGGAAAAGUCACAGUGAACCAAGUGAGUGAAAUGGACUCAGUACACAAGUACCUGGAGGGAACUAAUAGCAUUGCAGGUGUAUAUGUUCAGUCCACCAAACAGACCAUGAGCAUCUACGAGGCCAAAUCCAAAGGUCUUCUAACUCCUGGAACCUCCCUAGUUCUGCUGGAGGCUCAAGCUGCCACUGGAUUUGUCAUUGACCCAGUGAAGAACAAGAAGCUCUCUGUAGAAGAGGCAGCCGCUCAAGGUGUGGUUGGGAACGAGUGGAAGAACAAACUGCUUUCAGCAGAGAGGGCAGUCACUGGAUACAAAGAUCCCUACACAGGAAACACUAUUUCCUUGUUCCAGGCCUUGAAAAAGGAUCUAAUUGUCAAGGACCAUGGAAUUCGCCUUCUUGAGGCACAGAUUGCAACUGGUGGAAUCAUCGAUCCAGUGUACAGUCAUAGAGUGCCAGUAGAGGUGGCGUACCAGAGAGGAUACUUUGAUGAGGAAAUGAACCAGAUCCUCGAUGACCCUGACGAUGACACCAAGGGCUUUUUUGACCCCAACACACAAGAGAACCUCACCUACCUGCAGCUUGUGGAGAGGUGUGUGACAGACCCAGAUACUGGCCUUAGCUUACUCGUAAUUGUCAAAAAAGGAGAGUUUUACUUCUUCAUUGAUGAGCAAACCAAGAACAUUCUAAAGGCUAUGACAACAACUAAGGCCGGAGGCAAAUUUCAAGGACAGAAAGUGUCUCUAUGGGAUCUCCUCUACUCAAAAUACAUCACAGAGGAGAGAAGGAGAGAGCUUGUGCAGCAGUAUAAAUCUGGAGCAAUCCCUAUUGAACGCUUCAUGGAGAUUAUCCUAGCAAAUAUUCAACAAAAGACUACCACCACAAUAACCACAACAUCUUCAGUGACAACAUGCACACCACCACCUGAGACAAAGUCAGAGAAAACAACCAUUACCACAACAACCACAGAGACAAGCUUCCAUGGUAUCAGGAAGAAUGUCACCGCUGGCGAGCUGCUUGCCUCAAAAAUCAUUGACAAGAAACUCUAUGAAGACCUCAACACAGGAAAAGUCACAGUGAACCAAGUGAGUGAAAUGGACUCAGUACACAAGUACCUGGAGGGAACUAAUAGCAUUGCAGGUGUAUAUGUUCAGUCCACCAAACAGACCAUGAGCAUCUACGAGGCCAAAUCCAAAGGUCUUCUAACUCCUGGAACCUCCCUGGUUCUGCUGGAGGCUCAAGCUGCCACUGGAUUUGUCAUUGACCCAGUGAAGAACAAGAAGCUCUCUGUAGAAGAGGCAGCCGCUCAAGGUGUGGUUGGGAACGAGUGGAAGAACAAACUGCUUUCAGCAGAGAGGGCAGUCACUGGAUACAAAGAUCCCUACACAGGAAACACGAUUUCCUUGUUCCAGGCCUUGAAAAAGGAUCUAAUUGUCAAGGACCAUGGAAUUCGCCUUCUUGAGGCACAGAUUGCAACUGGUGGAAUCAUCGAUCCAGUGUACAGUCAUAGAGUGCCAGUAGAGGUGGCGUACCAGAGAGGAUACUUUGAUGAGGAAAUGAACCAGAUCCUCGAUGACCCUGACGAUGACACCAAGGGCUUUUUUGACCCCAACACACAAGAGAACCUCACCUACCUGCAGCUUGUGGAGAGGUGUGUGACAGACCCAGAUACUGGCCUUAGCUUACUCGUAAUUGUCAAAAAAGGAGAGUUUUACUUCUUCAUUGAUGAGCAAACCAAGAACAUUCUAAAGGCUAUGACAACAACUAAGGCCGGAGGCAAAUUUCAAGGACAGAAAGUGUCUCUAUGGGAUCUCCUCUACUCAAAAUACAUCACAGAGGAGAGAAGGAGAGAGCUUGUGCAGCAGUAUAAAUCUGGAGCAAUCCCUAUUGAACGCUUCAUGGAGAUUAUCCUAGCAAAUAUUCAACAAAAGACUACAACCACAAUAACCACAACAUCUUCAGUGACAACAUGCACACCACCACCUGAGACAAAGUCAGAGAAAACAACCAUUACCACAACAACCACAGAGACAAGCUUCCAUGGUAUCAGGAAGGAUGUCACCGCUGGCGAGCUGCUUGCCUCAAAAAUCAUUGACAAGAAACUCUAUGAAGACCUCAACACAGGAAAAGUCACAGUGAACCAAGUGAGUGAAAUGGACUCAGUACACAAGUACCUGGAGGGAACUAAUAGCAUUGCAGGUGUAUAUGUUCAGUCCACCAAACAGACCAUGAGCAUCUACGAGGCCAAAUCCAAAGGUCUUCUAACUCCUGGAACCUCCCUGGUUCUGCUGGAGGCUCAAGCUGCCACUGGAUUUGUCAUUGACCCAGUGAAGAACAAGAAGCUCUCUGUAGAAGAGGCAGCCGCUCAAGGUGUGGUUGGGAACGAGUGGAAGAACAAACUGCUUUCAGCAGAGAGGGCAGUCACUGGAUACAAAGAUCCCUACACAGGAAACACGAUUUCCUUGUUCCAGGCCUUGAAAAAGGAUCUAAUUGUCAAGGACCAUGGAAUUCGCCUUCUUGAGGCACAGAUUGCAACUGGUGGAAUCAUCGAUCCAGUGUACAGUCAUAGAGUGCCAGUAGAGGUGGCGUACCAGAGAGGAUACUUUGAUGAGGAAAUGAACCAGAUCCUCGAUGACCCUGACGAUGACACCAAGGGCUUUUUUGACCCCAACACACAAGAGAACCUCACCUACCUGCAGCUUGUGGAGAGGUGUGUGACAGACCCAGAUACUGGCCUUAGCUUACUCGUAAUUGUCAAAAAAGGAGAGUUUUACUUCUUCAUUGAUGAGCAAACCAAGAACAUUCUAAAGGCUAUGACAACAACUAAGGCCGGAGGCAAAUUUCAAGGACAGAAAGUGUCUCUAUGGGAUCUCCUCUACUCAAAAUACAUCACAGAGGAGAGAAGGAGAGAGCUUGUGCAGCAGUAUAAAUCUGGAGCAAUCCCUAUUGAACGCUUCAUGGAGAUUAUCCUAGCAAAUAUUCAACAAAAGACUACCACCACAAUAACCACAACAUCUUCAGUGACAACAUGCACACCACCACCUGAGACAAAGUCAGAGAAAACAACCAUUACCACAACAACCACAGAGACAAGCUUCCAUGGUAUCAGGAAGAAUGUCACCGCUGGCGAGCUGCUUGCCUCAAAAAUCAUUGACAAGAAACUCUAUGAAGACCUCAACACAGGAAAAGUCACAGUGAACCAAGUGAGUGAAAUGGACUCAGUACACAAGUACCUGGAGGGAACUAAUAGCAUUGCAGGUGUAUAUGUUCAGUCCACCAAACAGACCAUGAGCAUCUACGAGGCCAAAUCCAAAGGUCUUCUAACUCCUGGAACCUCCCUGGUUCUGCUGGAGGCUCAAGCUGCCACUGGAUUUGUCAUUGACCCAGUGAAGAACAAGAAGCUCUCUGUAGAAGAGGCAGCCGCUCAAGGUGUGGUUGGGAACGAGUGGAAGAACAAACUGCUUUCAGCAGAGAGGGCAGUCACUGGAUACAAAGAUCCCUACACAGGAAACACGAUUUCCUUGUUCCAGGCCUUGAAAAAGGAUCUAAUUGUCAAGGACCAUGGAAUUCGCCUUCUUGAGGCACAGAUUGCAACUGGUGGAAUCAUCGAUCCAGUGUACAGUCAUAGAGUGCCAGUAGAGGUGGCGUACCAGAGAGGAUACUUUGAUGAGGAAAUGAACCAGAUCCUCGAUGACCCUGACGAUGACACCAAGGGCUUUUUUGACCCCAACACACAAGAGAACCUCACCUACCUGCAGCUUGUGGAGAGGUGUGUGACAGACCCAGAUACUGGCCUUAGCUUACUCGUAAUUGUCAAAAAAGGAGAGUUUUACUUCUUCAUUGAUGAGCAAACCAAGAACAUUCUAAAGGCUAUGACAACAACUAAGGCCGGAGGCAAAUUUCAAGGACAGAAAGUGUCUCUAUGGGAUCUCCUCUACUCAAAAUACAUCACAGAGGAGAGAAGGAGAGAGCUUGUGCAGCAGUAUAAAUCUGGAGCAAUCCCUAUUGAACGCUUCAUGGAGAUUAUCCUAGCAAAUAUUCAACAAAAGACUACAACCACAAUAACCACAACAUCUUCAGUGACAACAUGCACACCACCACCUGAGACAAAGUCAGAGAAAACAACCAUUACCACAACAACCACAGAGACAAGCUUCCAUGGUAUCAGGAAGGAUGUCACCGCUGGCGAGCUGCUUGCCUCAAAAAUCAUUGACAAGAAACUCUAUGAAGACCUCAACACAGGAAAAGUCACAGUGAACCAAGUGAGUGAAAUGGACUCAGUACACAAGUACCUGGAGGGAACUAAUAGCAUUGCAGGUGUAUAUGUUCAGUCCACCAAACAGACCAUGAGCAUCUACGAGGCCAAAUCCAAAGGUCUUCUAACUCCUGGAACCUCCCUGGUUCUGCUGGAGGCUCAAGCUGCCACUGGAUUUGUCAUUGACCCAGUGAAGAACAAGAAGCUCUCUGUAGAAGAGGCAGCCGCUCAAGGUGUGGUUGGGAACGAGUGGAAGAACAAACUGCUUUCAGCAGAGAGGGCAGUCACUGGAUACAAAGAUCCCUACACAGGAAACACGAUUUCCUUGUUCCAGGCCUUGAAAAAGGAUCUAAUUGUCAAGGACCAUGGAAUUCGCCUUCUUGAGGCACAGAUUGCAACUGGUGGAAUCAUCGAUCCAGUGUACAGUCAUAGAGUGCCAGUAGAGGUGGCGUACCAGAGAGGAUACUUUGAUGAGGAAAUGAACCAGAUCCUCGAUGACCCUGACGAUGACACCAAGGGCUUUUUUGACCCCAACACACAAGAGAACCUCACCUACCUGCAGCUUGUGGAGAGGUGUGUGACAGACCCAGAUACUGGCCUUAGCUUACUCGUAAUUGUCAAAAAAGGAGAGUUUUACUUCUUCAUUGAUGAGCAAACCAAGAACAUUCUAAAGGCUAUGACAACAACUAAGGCCGGAGGCAAAUUUCAAGGACAGAAAGUGUCUCUAUGGGAUCUCCUCUACUCAAAAUACAUCACAGAGGAGAGAAGGAGAGAGCUUGUGCAGCAGUAUACAUCUGGAGCAAUCCCUAUUGAACGCUUCAUGGAGAUUAUCCUAGCAAUUAUUCAACAAAAGACUACCACCACAAUAACCACAACAUCUUCAGUGACAACAUGCACACCGCCACCUGAGACAAAGUCAGAGAAAACAACCAUUACCACAACAACCACAGAGAUAAGCUUCCAUGGUAUCAGGAAGAAUGUCACCGCUGGCGAGCUGCUUGCCUCAAAAAUCAUUGACAAGAAACUCUAUGAAGACCUCAACACAGGAAAAGUCACAGUGAACCAAGUGAGUGAAAUGGACUCAGUACACAAGUACCUGGAGGGAACUAAUUGCAUUGCAGGUGUAUAUGUUCAGUCCACCAAACAGACCAUGAGCAUCUACGAGGCCAAAUCUAAAGGUCUUCUAACUCCUGGAACCUCUCUGGUUCUGCUGGAGGCUCAAGCUGCCACUGGAUUUGUCAUUGACCCAGUGAAGAACAAGAAGCUCUCUGUAGAAGAGGCAGCUGCUCAAGGUGUGGUUGGGAACGAGUGGAAGAACAAACUGCUUUCAGCAGAGAGGGCAGUCACUGGAUACAAAGAUCCCUACACAGGAAACACUAUUUCCUUGUUCCAGGCCUUGAAAAAGGAUCUAAUUGUCAAGGACCAUGGAAUUCGCCUUCUUGAGGCACAGAUUGCAACUGGUGGAAUCAUCGAUCCAGUGUACAGUCAUAGAGUGCCAGUAGAGGUGGCGUACCAGAGAGGAUACUUUGAUGAGGAAAUGAACCAGAUCCUCGAUGACCCUGACGAUGACACCAAGGGCUUUUUUGACCCAAACACACAAGAGAACCUCACCUAUCUGCAGCUUCUGGAGAGGUGUGUGAGGGACCCAGACACUGGUCUUAGCUUUCUGUCUCUGAAUAAGUAAGCUUAUAAGGAUUUGUCGUAAAAUCGUCAUCAAAGAUGUGCAGAUAUAAUUCUGAAGUAUUUUCAUUAAAUUUUAUAUGCAUUCCAUUAUAUUUUAUUACAUGUAAUUGCUUUCGGUGUUGAUGGGGAGAAUUAUUCUGAAUAUCAUUUAAUAAAAGUGAUUUUUAAAGUGAA